CUAUGAGUCGUCAAAGCUCACAACUGAGGUAGCUGGAGGGUUAGGCCAAUAAAGAAUUCCUGGGGAUUCCGAUCCCGGAUUCUCAGAGUGAUAAGAUGAUGUGUUUACCACCCAUUGCCACUCGGCUCCUGGUUUACUACUACUACUUAAAAAUCUACCAAAACCACCCGUUCCAGAGCUUUCUAUCACCAUGCAGAGAUUCUUGCAAGGGAUGAAGGCUGUUGUUAACGACGAUCAAUAUCUACAGGCCGAAAAAUCUGUUAAAGAAUUCGAAAAACCGGGAGGGGAAGGAGAACGAUUACAACUAUAUUUAAAAGAAUAUGCCGAAAAUGAUGAUAAUUAUGUAACUAGUAUUUGGCUAGAGGAAAAAUAUUUAAAGAAUCCACUACCCUUACCGGUGUAUUCUAGUCCUUUCUUUUUGCUACCGAGACGAGAAUUUAGAAAGGAAGACGACAGAUUCAACUAUAUCGCCAAGUUCAUAAUCUUCUCCCUAAUGUUCAAACAGAACGUUGAAAGUGGUGAAGUAAUGAGAGAUUUAUCAACGGGAUUAGUAAAAGGGCAUCAUCUAUCCAUGGCCCCCUAUCAACGUUUAUUUUCUGUAUAUAGAAGACCGGGAGAGGAUAUAGAUGAACAGAUUUUUAACAAAACUAGCAGACAUAUUGUUGUGGCUUGUAAUAAUCAAUUUUUUACGCUGAUGCUUCCAGACUUAUCAUCAGUUCCCAGUGAGAAUGCCUUAGCGGAAAAGCUGAAAGACAUAGAAAAAGAGAGCAUGCUUAGAUUCAACUACAAAUGGAUUGGGAUUUUGACUGCAGAUAAUCGAAGAGCGUGGGCAAAAACUAGAGAAAUUUUAAUGAAAAAUGAAACCAAUAAGAAAUCACUCGGUAUUAUCGAAACUUGUUUAUUCGUUAUUUGCAUGGACGAUUCGGUAAAGAUGGCCAAGAACGAAAUGGAAUCUAAAACAUUUUCGGAUGUUCGUCUGGAAAAAAUGGCUCAUCACAUUCUUCAUGGAAAUAGAAUAGGACAUUCCAGUGCGAAUAGAUGGUUUGAUCAUUUUAUCCAGUUUAUUGUGACCAAGAAUGGUAUCAACGGUAUUUGCAUGGAGAAUUCUGUAUCGGAAGGAAUCGCUGUUUUACGAUUUUGUGGAGAAUUUUUACAUUUUCUAUCGCACGAAUUUCCACAAAGAAAGUCUGAUGAUCAGUUAAAAUUUGAAAGAAUUGAAUGGGAACUUGAUUCUUGUGAAUCAAUAAAAGAAAGUAUAAAGAAAACAUCAGCCAUGGUUGAUUUAAUGUUUGAGGGCACAGAUUUAUACAUUAUGAAAUUUGCCGAAUUCGGUAAAGAAUUCAUUAAGAAGCAGAAUAUUAAUACCGAUAUUUUCAUUCAAUUGAGCAUGCAGUUGGCAUAUUACAGAAUGUAUCAAAAAUUGGCAUCAUCUUUUGCUAGUGGAGGUUUGAGAAAAUUCAGAUAUGGACGUGUUAGUAACAUUCGAUCGUGCAGUGAAGAAGUUCUAGAGUUUGCUAAACAUUUAUUUGAUUCUUCUGUAAAUUGGGGUACAAAAUUUCAGAAGUUUCGUAAAGCAGUAGAUAAACAAACGGAAAUUUUCACUUAUACCCUGAAUGGAGAAGGACCCGAUAAUCAUCUGAUGUGCCUCAAACGAAUUGCAGCACUUAAAGGAUUACCCGUACCGAUUCUGUUCGAAGAAGAUUUUUAUAAGAAUUUUAUGAAUUACCGAUUACGUGUCUAUCGAUUUCAUAAUAAUUACGAUAUUAUAUGCGGUUAUGGACCUGUUGUUGCAGACGGUUACUGUUGUACUUACAAUCACGAGAAAAACUGUCUCACUUUCUGCAUAUCAUCUUAUAAAAAUAAAUCGACAAAUUCAGAAAAUUUCGCCAAAAGUUUGAGACUGAGUCUCUUAGAAAUGAAAGCUCUGUGUGAUCAUUCAAAAAACGAAACUUUGCCCAACAAAUUAACAAGAAGUGAAGUGGAAACGGGAGCUUAAAUUUCUUCGAUAAAUUUGAAUAUAUUGCUUGAUUUCAAAAUUUUAUUCAUAUGAGAAUUUCUAUUGAUAAAAGACUUAAAUUAUU